AUGCUUUCCCAGCGAGCUGAGCACCAUCCCGUGCAGAAGAUUAUACCGCGGCUGCUCUUUAAUCGCGAAAUCCACACUCAAGGCCUGCUCAAGCGCUUGCCGCGCGAGCUCGAGCUUGCCGAUGUAAUGGCAGAUCUGUGCGGAGAGCAAAAACACCUCGGCAGAGGGCUGGGGCUCCUGCACGCGCUGUUUAAUCGUCGCCACGGCGGCCGCGAUAUUGCCGGAGAUGAACUGCACCCGGCAGAACAUCAAAUGCGCCUCCGAACACCCCGGGACGAAGCGGAGGAUGAACUCGAGGUGCCGACGACAUUUCUCCGCGAUCGGGUCGGCAUGGCGAAAAGUCGGGUCCGGCGGCUCAUUCCGGCAGUGCUCGAGGUAAAACCGCGCGAUCCAGAGCAUUAA